CAUGAGACCAAACACUAGAUUAGAGCUCGAAACCUUACGCCACUAAUUCCUCGUCUAGAUUAGAGCUCGAAACCUUACACCACUAAUUCCUCGUCUAGCCGAGAUUAGAGCUCGAAACCUUACACCAAAUUCCAGCUUUGGAUGUUCUGGGCUCUCUGCUCGUUAACAGCCCUUAUACGCGCCCAAGAAACCUCCGCUCUCUCUGUCCGCUAGACUUGGAAACGAGGAAGUGACGAAGUGAAGGACUCAAGGAGGACCGACGACGGCGACGACUCGCCUGACUGACUGACGACCGCCGCCACCCAUCACCAACGCCAUCCCUCCACUGGACCACAGCGCCCCGCCUCCACGAAUGCAGGCUGUCCACCGCUCCACGACUGCAGGUCCGCAACUGCGCAGUAUUGGCGGUAACUCAAGGGUUGCGGAAGGAUAAGAGGUCUGGACUGCGGCGAACUUUCCUCUGCGUGAUGUUACUCACGUUGGCGGCUUCUCUGAAUUAGAAGAGCGCAGAAACGAAAAAUAAAGGGUUAUGUCUGGCGUCGAAAGAGAUAAAGCUCAUCCGCGAAGCUGAACAGGAGCAAACAGGAGCAAGCGGCACGUUUUUCCAGCAGGAAUGGAUGGAAGAGAGGGUUCCAGACAAGCAUGGUAACCAGAAACCUCUUGAUGACAGGUUAAACUUUUAAUCUGAGCGUUUCUUAAAGCUUAGAAUGGCAAGAGUUUGUUUGGGGUGUAAUUGGGUGAUAAUGCCAGAAAUUUACUUUUCCAUAAUUUUGGGGACUGAGAAUGGAAUACAAGAAUGAGCCCAUGGACCUCAACCUCCAAAGCCCAGCCGCAAAAUCUCCAGCACCACUGCCGGUGACGCCACUGUCCUCCCAAAUAUUGCGUCAGUGGAGACCAGCCGCUCAGAGGAAUCUCAAAAACCAGUGGUUGAAAUUGGUUUCUCUAUGGAACGACUGGUUAUCUUCCUCCUCUACUGCUCGCUCCCACGCCACUUCUCUAGUAAACUCUUAUCUCUCGCAGAGGUACAUGGAUGCAAUGGAAUUUGGAAUUUUGAGUGACAUGCCAGAAUUACAAAAGAAAGCAUGCCACAAGUUACACAAGCAGCAGGUGAUCAAUAGGGGUCAGCUCUUGUUGACAUACAAAAGUAUGGUCGGCAUUGUAACUCAGAUGGUAAAGGCUUCUAGAUCUAUGAGGUGUUAUGUCAAAGGUACGGGUGACAGCCCAAUUGUACAGUUUUCUUGCAACCCUGAUGCUGAUGAUUCUCAUCAGAUUGACAGUAGUGGAGUUCCUGUAUUCUCCUUUUGGUCAAUAUCUUCUUUUGAGCAACUGGCAGAAGAGCUGGUUCACAUGUUAAAAUGUGAAAUGAAUUUAAAGCGGGUACUUAUAAUGGAAUUUUGCUCCAUUAGUGACAAAGAAAACAGCAUUCAUUGGUCAGAAGAGUUGUAUUUAGGGGAGUUUGGUGAUCUCAUUAUAUGCGAUUUGUACUCCAAUGGACCAAUUUUCCCGGGUCAAACAAAUUGCAAAUCAACUAUACCUACAAAUUCACCUCUUGAUCAAACUGAGAGGAAUGUUCUCCAGGUAUAUCUAACAACGUGGCUUGCAGAAGUGAAACUCGACAGAUUUAGGAUUGAUGAAAUAUUUUCUAUAGUUGGAGAGGAAUUGCAUGUGACACUCUCUUGAAGUUCUUGUUGCCCUGGAGUCCGGAGCUACACAACCCACUGACUGCUUUAGUUAUUUUCUUGAUUCUUUAUUAGUAUUAAUCAUUUCAUAGGAACUCGGCUGCAGAAGCAAUUGUUGAAGGAAUGUGAAUUCAGUAUUUUACAUUUUAAAGGAACAAUUUACCAUCUCAGCACUUAACGGGUGAGAUGGUAAAUUGAUAUUUACCAUCUCAGCACUUAACAGGUGAGAUGGUAAAUUGAUAAUUAAUGAAAAGCACAUCACUUCCUCCACCCAAGGUUCUGACUUUUGAAGCAACUUAUUUAAAUUAUUAUGUUUGAAAUUGCUUCAUGAAGCACUUCUCAGCUUCUGGAAAAAUGGCUAAAAAGGGUGUUUGUAAAUACAAACGUCAGCUUAAAUUUAAGUAAGGGUUGUAAACGAAUCGUAUCAAACCGAAUACUUAACAAUAUUAUUCAUAUUCGUAUAAUUAUCG